CCCUGUACUAAGGCUUCAUGCACAAGGCCGCUCUGGGUGUUCAGACCAUACUGCAGUUGCAAGUGCUGUACUUUGACUCUAUAAUACUUUCCUUUGGCAUUCAGCGUAUCACUGUGUAUUGUAUUGCAUUCAGUAUUGGACCCAAAUAUAUUUAGGAUCCCAAAAAUGGCCAUGUGUAUGGAGCCUCACAAGAUUGGCCAUCUCUUUUUAAUGACGGAAAAUAACUUUAAACUUUAGAUCAGAAAGGAAAUUGUUGAGGUUCAGGCAAAAAUUGGAACAGAUGAAGAGGAAGAAGUGGAAGAGGAGACUGACAACAGUCAUGAUGCCACAUCUCUGAUUGGGAGCCUGAGUGAUCAGUAUGGUGGAGAUACCUCCAACCUGUAUAGCCAGUUGGAGAUGCACAGUCGAGAGGAGAAAAUAAACCAAAUCAUAUUGCUGCAGGACAUUAUCUAUACUGUGAAAACGGGCUUCAACAAAGAGUUUGAAGUGGUCUACAGACAGAAGGAUCAAGAAGUUACUCGUGUGAACGAAAGGAAUCAGAGAAUUCUAGAGAUAAUGUCUGAGCUAAAUAUACAAGAAAAAUUAUUAGAGCCCAAAUUUACAGACAAUGAAAAGCCGGAAAGAGCCCUCACCGUGGAUGAUUCAGAGAUAAAGGUUGAAAAUUUUUUAACACCUGAGCAAAAGACAAAGGCAGAGCAGCAAGCGAAGCAGGAAGAGGCGAAGCGUUUGGCUGCACAGGAAGACAAUGCCAAACAGCGAGCUCUCAAUGACAUGAUGGGAGGCGUCUUGGAGGUGAAGAAGGAAGAUAUUUUGCGAAUGGAAGUGGCACAACCAGGUUUCUUGUCCAAAGCCGAGACGGAAUGGACUGAAGAUGAAAAAAAGCAGUUCAAGGACUAUGAUAAAAAAUGUAAGGAGCUCAAUGACGAGAAGGAAAAGUACAGGAAGAUACUAGAGGCGGAAAUGAAGAAGAUUCAGGCAUCUAUCAUGGAAACCACGCAAGCUUUUGAUGAGAUCUUGACUAGAUUAUUUGAAAAAAAAGUGAAAUGUGAAAUGGUCAUCUAUCAGGAAGAACUGAAAAUAAGCAAUCUUAUGUUCUCAAUACUCAUCGAAGAAGAGAUGAAUAUCAGAGCGGCACAACUGAACCAUAUCAUGGACAAGAAUCGGAAACAGAAGAAUCAAACAUCUGACCUAGUUAAGACUUUUAAAGCAGCAGUGGAAUCUUUUCGGGAGUCUUAUGAUGACCUAGUGGCUGAAGAUAAGUUGUUAGAUCGUGGCUUCAAGAAGGAAUUUUCUGAUGUUUCCGCUCACCUUGUGGAUCAGCUUUAUAAACUGUACAGAAAAAGACCAAGAGUUCAGCGACUGAGGACUCAGACAGAAAGUGAGGCACCAUUUGGUGAUCGGCCAGGAUCAGCAAAAGCUCAUAAUGACUCAAUUGUUCAGCUAAUGAAAGCUAUGGAUGAAUUUGAUGCUGCGGAGCAUAUGCCAGAAGGUCUGGAUCUUCCAGUGUGGGAGCGUUUCUGUCUGGCAAGGAGGUCAAAAAUGGAAUAUGAACAGCAAGUAAAGCGCAAGGCCCUGGUUUUAGCUGAGAUGCAGGAAUUCCUACAUAAAAGAAUUGAGGAAGAUGAACAAACACGGCAGAACAUUGAGGAUAUUAUGCAAGAACUCAAUAUAUUGCGGAAUGAGAAAAUGAAGUUUCAACUAGAUCUGACUGUCCAGUUCAUACUAAAACAAGGUCAAGUGGAAGUGGAGAACUCUGACCUAAUUCCCAACUAUGCAGAUGCCAUACUUCUUCACAGGAGUGUCAUAGAAGACCUAAACAGCAAUAUACGGGGUUUAGGAGAGCAGAAAAUAGCAAGCAUGGUUGAAAGCAAAGACUUCCGGAAAGGAAUCUUCCAGCUAGAGUGGGAACAUAAAAAGAUACGUAUGGAGAUGGAAGACCUGAAGAAGAAGUCCAGAGAUAUUACAAUGCUUCGUGUGACAAAAGAAAUUCAAGCAUUCCUCAAUGAAACAAACUACGACAUGCGCAUAUCUAAUCAGAUGCAAAUCCUGGAAGAGACCAUUCACGUUCAAGAAAAACAACAUGAGAAAAAUGUGAAACAAUACAAACAAGCUAUAAAGGACCUGGAAAAGCAUAUCAGUAGAAAGAAAGAGACAAAUACACAGCUAGACAAGGAGCUACAGGACACACUUAUCGCCUUCUCAGAGAGGAAGCAUAUUUAUCAUGUGGUUGGAGUAGAACAGAAUUCAGAGAAGAAUGCCAAGGACAGAUACAUGGACAUCGUCCAGCGCAGGAAACUGGUUGAUCUUGUGAAGGCUCAAGCUCAAGAGAUUGCUAUGCUCCGAACUGAAUUAGAUCGAUUAAGGAUGAAAACUUUCCCUGCACUAGUACAAAUGGAUUACUAGAUAAUACAUAUAUCUCAAACCUGACUAUGCACAUUAAAAGCAAGAGAA